AUGCCUUCCAAUGCUGGCACUUCGAAAGUGGUGCGUCGAACAGAGUAUCAAUCCUUAGAUGCGCGCGACUCCGACGAUGAAUAUACCCCGUCUGAAAGAGGAACCGCGUCCGGUAUCGCGGAGACUCGCAAGCCCGAUGCAAUGAACGAUCCAUAUUUUGAGGAUCUUCUCUCAAGUGGCGACGAGUCCACUUCUCAAGACGACGCAAACGUGAAGCUACUCCCGAUCGCGAAGAAUGUCCAAAAGAAGAGAAAGGGAAAACAUGUUCAAUUCACCCCUGACGCAAGCUCAGCGAGCGGCGACUACAUUGAUGGGCCCGGUGAACCACGCGAUGUCGGCAAGGCGAUUGAGAAUAUGCUGAGCAGAGAGCGAGACAUUUUGUCAGAGACCUUCGACGAGGACCUUGACCGUGCUUCGCAUCUCAUGCUUGAUGAGGUGGACAGUGACGAGUACGGAAUACCGACACACAAAGACAAAAGAGCUUUCGGCUAUGGAGGCAGGAAGCGAGGCUGGGCCGCCGGCAUCAAAUCAUUGUUGCGCAUCUCAGCUUGGUGGCAUGUUUUCCCAUUGAUCGCCGUUGGCAUACUGUUGAUGUGGCUUGCCACGAAGGGCUUGCCGUGGGUAUUGGGUGGUAAAGCCCCGAAAGCAUAUUCACCCGUUCCUUGGUAUCCGACCCCUCUUGGUGGGACAAGCGGCGCAUGGAAGGAGAGUUACACCAAAGCCCAUGAUCUUGUCGAGCAAAUGGAACUUGUGGAGAAGGUCAACAUCACAACCGGGACCGGGUGGAAGAUGGGACUUUGCGUUGGCAAUACCGGACCCGCCAUGAACGUCGCAUUUCCCUCCCUGUGUCUCCAGGACGGUCCACUAGGUCUGCGAUUUGCGGACAACAUCAGCGCGUUUCCCGCUGGAAUCACCACAGGCGCAACUUGGAAUCGAGAGCUCAUGCAUCUACGAGGUCUUGCGCUCGGCCAAGAGGCUCGGGCUAAAGGUGUUAAUGUUCUUCUUGGACCCUCCAUGGGACCCCUGGGCAUGAUGCCUGCCGGCGGUCGCAAUUGGGAAGGUUUCGGAUCAGAUCCCGUUCUACAAGGGGUGGCCGCGGCUGAGACCAUUCGAGGUAUCCAGCGCAAUGGCGUGAUGGCAACUGCCAAGCAUUGGUUGAUGAAUGAGCAGGAACACUAUCGUCAAGCUGGAGGGGAAUGGGACACUGAACAUGCGAUUUCAUCUAAUGUUGACGAUCGUACGCUCCACGAAGUCUUUGCAUGGCCCUUUGCAGAGAGUGUGCGUGCAGGUGUGGCCAGCGUCAUGUGCUCGUACCAAAAAGUGAACAACAGCUAUGCAUGUGAAAACAGCAAACUGUUGAACGGUAUUCUAAAGGAUGAACUAGGCUUUCAGGGAUUCGUCCAAUCAGACUGGCUUGCUCAGCGAUCUGGUGUGCAAAGCGCGUUGAGCGGCCUCGACAUGAGCAUGCCCGGUGAUGGUGCGGCUUGGGAAGACGGCGAGUCGUUCUGGGGCAAGCGAUUGACCCAAGCUGCACUCAACGCUUCCGUCCCUAUGUGGCGUCUUAAUGAUAUGGCCACUCGUGUUGUUGCAGCCUGGUAUCACUUCCGACAGGACUCCUGGGACCAGCCACCGCCAUUAGGAAAAGGUGGACCUAACUUUUCCUCUUGGACUCACGAGAAAAUGGGUGGCUUACACCCAGGCAGCAAAGAUGACUCAACACACGAAGUGGUCAAUCACUACGUGAACGCGCAAGCGACCGGCGCCGAAGAGGUAGCCCAUUCACUGAUCGCUCGAAAGGUAGCCGCGGAAGGCAUCGUUCUUUUGAAAAACAUCAACAACACUUUGCCUCUUUCGCGGACAGCCACUGGACCAGCGGAGCGCUAUCGCGUUGGAGUGUAUGGCGAGGAUGCGGGUCCUGGAGAGGGCCCGAACGUUUGUGCCGAUCGAGGAUGUAAUCAAGGCACUUUAGGAUCUGGCUGGGGAAGUGGUGCUGUCGACUUUCCGUACCUCGUUUCCCCGUGGGAGGCACUGCGCGUUGCUUGGCCAUCUGACAAGAGCGAUGUGCGAGGUUUCUUUGGCAAAGAUGUGGCUUUGAAGCACCUGGUUGAUCAAGACCUCUGUCUGGUCUUCGCCAAUUCUGAUGGAGGCGAAGGCUUCAUUCACGAUGGUGAUAUAUUCGGUGACCGCAACAACCUUGAGUUGCAACAGGGUGGCGCUAAGCUCAUUGAGCGAGUCGCCACCAAUUGUGGUGGUGGACAAGGCAAAACGAUUGUGGUGAUUCACUCUGUAGGCCCUGUGGUCAUGGAGUCUUGGAUCGAUUUACCCAGCGUACACGCAGUUCUUUACGCAAAUUUGCCAGGACAGGAGAGUGGUAACGCCCUUGUCGAUGUGCUAUUUGGCGAUGUCGAUGCUAGUGGCCGUUUGCCCUACAGCAUUGGUCAGUCUCUCGACGAUUACGGCCCAGGAGCCAAAGUGCUGUAUUCGACGAGAGACAGACAGCCGGAGUUUAUGUUUGAUCAGGGUCUUUACAUCGACUACCGAUACUUUGACAAGAACAACAUUGCUCCUCGUUUUGAGUUCGGCUUUGGGCUGUCAUAUACUACCUUCAACAUCUCCUCCCUCAAUGUCAAGCUCCUUCGUGACAAGUCCCGACUUCCAGCAGCACGGCCAAAGGACGAGAUUGAUCCGCCAACUUACGACAGCAAGCCUCCGGCCGAAGCUUCAGCUCGAUUCCCUGAAGGUUUCAAAGCUCUUUCGAAAUACAUAUAUCCUUAUAUAGAGGAUGGGAGUGGAACAAAGCCUGGCUCGUACCCUUAUCCCGACGGUUACAAGACUCGCCAGCACUUGUCUGAUGCAGGUGGUGGACCGGGCGGUAACCCGUCUCUCUACGAUGAGAUGCUUUCCAUUUCGGUCGACGUGAGCAACACAGGCCUGCGGCCAGGCAAAGAAGUUGUGCAGGUAUAUCUCUCUUUCCCCUCACAUGUUUCAGAAAACCGUGGUCUGGGCCAAAAGCGUGAAAACAUCGAGUUCCCCGAUCGGGUUCUUCGAAAUUUCACCAAGAUUUCCCUCGAGCCGGGACAGACCACAACAGUGAACAUGACGUUGUCGCGGAAAGACUUGAGUUAUUGGAGCGUUCGAGCUCAGAACUGGAUCAUGCCAACUGAGGGCACAUUUCGUGUCUGGGCAGGUCGAAGCUCUCGAGAUCUGCCGCUGGUCGCGGAGUUCUAA